GAUCAGCUGGCAGCAGCAAUAAACAGAAGGAAAACAGAAAAUCUGCAGCGGGCAAUAUAUAUAUAUAUAUAUAAAUAUAUAGAGAGAGAGGAGGACAGAAAAAAAGCUGCAGAUGUUUUGAUCUGAAAGAAACAAACGUGUAAAAAACAUUUUUUUACACGAAGCCCUUCUUCUGAGAAGAAAGCCUUUUAUUUUUGUGGCUAUAAUGGUGUUUUAACUACCUCACUUAAAGACUAUCUAAAGCUAUGCUUUAAAGAAUUGUUGUCGUUUCUACUGUGUGUGAGAUCUCGUUUACAACUUGAAUAACACUGCAAAGGCAGGCCUUUGCUCCAAACCAAGUGAAACCUUAUAUUUGCACUACUGAAGCCUGUCCACUCCUGUUUGUCAAAACCGAGAUCCAGCAAAGGGCUUCAAAAAAAAAAAGAGAAUAAAAAAAUCUGAUAAAGAAUUACUUAAAACCGCAACAAGCGACUACCAAAACACAAAUAAGAAAUUCAAAACGGCAGCUACAGCUUUUUCUUUGUGGACGACAAAAAGCACCUGAGUCAUCGACACUUUGACAACACAAGCGGUCAUGUUCCAGCGUCUGAGCAACCUGCUGUUUGGGGAGGUGGAGGAGGUGGCGGCUGACCUGAAGGGACCCAACCCCUGUGUGACGGAGGCCGACGAGGAGGGAUGGAUGCUCGUCAACCUGCCUGAAGAUUCUGACUGCAUGACGUGGGCGGAGGAUGUGAUGGGAUCCCCACUGAUUGCACAAUCACUCCCAGACAGUAACCAAUCAAAUCAUCAAGUCACACAUGCGAGGACUGAAUGCCCGGCCCUGAUUUCCCACCCACCUCACAAGCGCCGUAGGAUGCACAAAGGUCGGGCAAGCGGUGCAGUAGCACCAUCGGACCCCCUGUUUUGUCCGAGCGCUAGCGCGUCACACUCGGGUGCCACCACACCCGUGACCCUGCCAAGACGGGCCAGACUGUCCACGCCCUCCUCCACCCCGUCGGUGUCCCCCGGCUCCGGAAGUGAGUGCGGGGGCCGCGGGGGUAGCAGUAGGGCAGGCCCAGAGAGAGGCUGCAUGGAUGAGAGCUGGUUUGUCACCCCUCCCCCCUGUUUCACUGCAGAGGGAACCACAGCGGAGGCCAGCCCGAUGGAGGACCUGCUCAUCGAGCACCCCAGCAUGUCUGUGUACGUCUCCCCGAGUAGCUUCUCCAUGGUCUCCAACCUGUCUGUGGUGGGAGAGGAGAGCAUUGUCAGCCUGGCGAGCAGCAUGAGCAGAGUGGCAGAACCAGCUGCCGUCCCCGCCACCCGCAGCACUAUGCCCACCAGGGUGAGCCGCGGAGCAGCUGCCCAGGCCGGAGCUCUGGCCAAGGUCACCCAAGUGGCCCGGGUCCAGCGCGGCAAAGCCCGCAUCGAGCGACGCCAUCUGGGCCGCAACCGCAUCCAACGCCAAAACCGCACCAGGGAGCAGCAGGUCCCUCGCCACGCGAACCAUGCCAGAAACACCUUCCUUCACCAGCCCAGCAAGCGUAACAUCUGCCACUGAACUCCCCCGAAAACCAUGGGGGACGUCGUUUACUCUGACGGCAUUAGUAGAGCAUAGUCAACUCCAAGACACAUAAGAUUAAAUGUAUUCACCCACGGCAAUUUUUGCUUUCAUUUCUGCACAUUAUAUCAAAAUUACACUCAGAUACCAGUAGACCGGUAGCUUUUCUUUUGUUUUGGUCCAAUCAUAAACUGACCUGGUAGUUUUAUGCCCCAUUCUGCUGUUGUGAACCAAGCCCUCUGAGUAGACAUGUAUACUACUUGUUGUCCAUUGCAGUAUCCAAACAACAACAAAAAAAAUAUUUAUACAGGUUAAAAAAUAAUGUCUGAAAAACAACAAAAAGUUUAGCAUUCUUAGUCGCAUAUAAUUGUUUUCUUUCACUCUUCCCCAAGGCAUGCUUUUUAUAUAUUAAUUCAAUCAUUAAGUUUUAAAUUUGGAGAUUUUAAAUUUUAAUAACCAACUGUACUUUAAGACGAUUCUGGUGGAAACCAUGCAGACAAGACAGAGACAAGUUCAUCCUUCGUAUCUUUGCAGAGAAAACAACUCAUGGUGUCUUCGAAGCUUUUUUGGAGUUAGACCUCCAGCCCGCUGUGAUUUUCCCUGAAACUAGAGUAGCAUUAAAGCAUGGUGGAAUCAGCAAGCAGACAGGUGGCUAUAUAGUUAGCUAGCUGGCUACUUCCACCACGCUUUAAUGCUACACUGGUUAAAGAAAAUCCUCUGGCGAUAGCAGUGGCAACAAUACGCAUAAAAACUGACCAUCCAACUACGUUGAUUUGAAUGGGAAUGUCCAUUUUACUCCCAUUGUGUUCCUAUGACAGUUACAUUAUUUUAAAGUCUCUCCCUCUCCCUGCACGGUUCCACCAGAAGAAAGAAAAGAAAGCUUGUUCCUUUCAGAAAAAGAGAAAGUACACUUCUGGCUUCUAAAGCCAACAAAUAGAAAAAGAAACCGCUCACUCAGCAUGAUGAUCAUUACACGUGUGGUCUGUAAAACUAAAGUAAAGUGCCCGGCACACAUCCGCCAUUUUCCAUCCACAGUGUGUGUGUGUGCUGUGAUCUUACGUUAUCCAUGUUGAACACCAAAAGUAGAAAAAGUACAACCUUUUUUUUACACACCAGUCACUUUCAUUGAAAAGUCACGGAGGAUAACUGUUUGGAGAACGGGGAAGAAACGUCUCUUUAAAGUCUGACAAACAUCUUCCCCCUUCAACACAUUCAAAACCGUCCUCUUGCAUAAGAUCGUGCAAGUGCAACCCGUUGCUCUCUAACAUGUACUCCACUACCGCCCCUCCCUCUAGCACCUCCAACUCUAACAGUUUCCACUUAAAGAUCUAGCUUACUGAUAUGUAUUCAACAACAAUAGUAAACUAUGGUGCUGAAGUGUAUACUAAUGUUUGUAAAUUAUUUGAAACAUGGAUGUAAGUUUGCACUGUCAUACAUUUUGUGAGUCAAAGUUUUAGCGGUGUGCUGUGUGCUUGUUUUGUUUUUUUUCUUCUUCUUUUUCUUUUGUGAUGUUUUGUUUUGAUUCAAAUUGUGUGUGAGAAUGGUGUACUGACACGUUAAAACGCUAGAAACUCGUUUAAAAAAAAAAAAAAAAAAAACAUGAAUAACGAUCAUUUAUUUCUCUUGUAAAUAUUACAAAAAAAUAUUUUAUAACUGCUCCGUUAGAUGUCAAAGCCUCUCAGGACUUGAGUCCGCAGCGUAAUGAGAAUCCUCUCUCCGCCUCACCUCUGAGCUCGUUAUCAAAUCAAGAGGGCAUUUAGUGGCCAAAAGUGGUGUCUUUGCCCCCAACUGUGGUUGUAUCUCUUUGAGAUGCACCAUAUAAAAACCAGUGCUAGGCUCAGUGUUGAUGUGCCAUAGAAGAACACUGCCCUCCAGAGGUUUCACUAUAGCACAGCUGUAUGGAUGCUGGAGAUGAUACAGAACACAACGACAUGGUUUUAAACAUCUGUUGUGUUCAAAAAGCCUGUCUGUCUGGGGGAUUCAUGUCACAUUGUUUGGAAAAUGGAAAUAUCUUGCCUCAUUUAGAUCAUCUAGAUAAGAGAAAUACAUUCUUUUCCCUUGAUUCACGUACCACUAAGUUUUCAUUUCUGCCAUCAAUCAUGUACUCUGUUUUAUUCAAAAUCUGUUAAAGGGACAGUUGACCAAAAAUACACAUUUUUCCUUUUACCUGUAGUGCUGUUUUUCAAUCUGGAGUUGUUGUUUUUGUGUGAAAUCAUGGCCUUGUUACUCAAGAUAAUUCACAGACCUUGUUCGGAACAGGUUCAUGUUGUGAUUUCUGGAAAGAGACAUUGCUGUUGAUUUUUUUUUUUAUGUAUUUUAUUAUUUUUUUGCCACUUUGAGCACCACAAGCAGAGUGACAUAUAGUCCCAUUAUUUUGGAGAGGAGGCAGACAUCUCUUCCCCCAAAACAAUCGAGAUUGAUAUAUGUAGCGCUACAGGUCAGAGCAAAUUUUUUAGAUUUUGGGUUGAACUGUCCCCUUUAAUAUCUGUUAAUUUAUUAUAUAAUUAUGCAUUUUAUCUUUUAUUCUGUUUAAAGGGGACUAUUAUGUGUCCUGUUAAUUUCUC